AUGGGCAAAGGAAAGAGAGCGCAUACGAUUAGUAUCCCAAGUAUUAACUUGACAACACCCAAGUCUUCUUCGGACCAUUCGUAUGCUCCUUCCAAUUUUAUUGGUUCUCUUUCAAGAUCGACGUCGGAAUCCACCACCUUUGUCAACAAUACCACAGAAAGAUGGCAACCACCUCGUAAGCCCAAGAUGAAGUAUGAUGACCUCGAGCAUAAGUUGGAAGCUGCUCCUCUCUAUGUUCUUGUUUGCACCUAUCUCAACUACUUUGUCUUGAUUCUCUUUGGUCAUUUAAGAGAUAUUCUCGGCAAGCUUUUCAAGCCUCAAGCCUAUACUCAUUUGAAGAUGAAUCAGGGUUAUGCUCCUCUUGUUUCUGACUUUGACUCCUUCUAUACGCGUCGUCUCUAUGUUCGUAUUCGUGAUUGCUUCAAUAUCCCUACUACAGGUGUUGCAUCUCGUACGGUCAAGUUACUUGAUCGAGUUUCACCUGAUUUCAACAAAACCUUUCGAUUGACUGGCACAACGACAGAAGCCUUAAACUUUGCAUCUUACAACUACCUUGGUUUCUCCGACACAGAGGGACCUUGUGCUGACGCUGUGGAACAAUCCACUCGAGAAUUAGGUAUUACUGCUGCCAGUUGUCGAGCAGAAGCCGGUACCACCAAAUUAGCUCAAGAUAUGGAACACAUGGUAGCUCGUUUUGUCGGUAAAGAAGAUGCCAUGUGUGUUAGUAUGGGUUUUGCUACUAAUUCCACCACCAUUCCUGCUCUUGUCAAUAAGGGCUGUCUUGUGAUCUCGGAUGAAAUGAACCAUUCUUCCAUUGUCUUUGGUGUACGUCUUUCCGGUGCCUCUGUGCGUGUAUUUAAGCAUAACAACAUGGAUGAUCUGCGUGAAUUACUUCGUGAAGUUAUUUCUCAAGGCCAACCUCGUACACAUCGUCCCUGGAAAAAGAUUUUGAUUAUUGUUGAAGGUCUUUACUCGAUGGAAGGUACUAUUGUCAAUCUUCCCGAACUCAUUGAACUCAAGAAGGAAUUUAAGUUCUACUUGUAUGUGGAUGAGGCCCAUUCGGUUGGUGCCCUUGGAGAAAACGGUGGAGGAGUUUGCGAUUUUUACGGUAUUGACCCUGCAGAGGUAGAUAUUCUCAUGGGUACCUUCACCAAAUCGUUUGGUGCCGCUGGUGGUUACAUUGCGGGAGAUAAAGCGAUCAUUGAUCAUUUGCGUCUGCGUAACCAUGCUUAUAACUAUGCAGAAGCUGUUUCUGUACCUGUUGCUCAACAAGUGAUUACGUCCAUGAAGAUUAUCUGCGGUGAAGAUGGUACGGAUAUUGGUCGUAAGAAGAUCAAGCAAUUGGCGGAGAAUUCGCUCUAUUUCAUUGAACGCUUAAGAGAUAUGGGUUUUAUUGUGUAUGGAGAUCAGGGCAGUCCUGUCAUUCCUUUAUUGUUGUUUAAUCCUGCCAAAAUCCCUGCCUUUUCACGUGAGUUGAUGAAGCGUGGGAUUGCGACGGUGGUUGUGGGUUAUCCUGCUACUCCCAUUAUUACUUCGCGUGCUCGUUUCUGUUUAUCCUCCGCUCAUACCAAGGAAGAUAUUGAUCGUACCUUGGAAGCUGUGAGUGAAGUAGGUGAUAUUUUGCUCUUGAAAGUGAGUGAAGCUGCCAAAUAG